GUAGUUGUGAAGUAACCAAACACAAGAUGGAGGCAUCAUCUGACGGAUCAGGCUUGCCACUCGUCAGCCCCGCGCUGGCCCUUGAGCUGCUCCGGACACCGCCCGCGCCCCUACCCAAGACGGACCCCAUGCUCUUCGGUCGCCAUGUGCUGGCGGAGGCGAGGAGCAGACCCCCCUGCCCGGCAGCAGCAGCCGCAGCAGCAGCGGCAGCAGCGGCGGCGGAGGCAAUGGCUGAUGAUGGGGCAGCUGACGGCACGGUGAUAGCAGCAGCGGAGGCUGAGGGGACGGAAGGGGCGUCAUGCGGUGCCGGCAGCCCCGGCAGCUACACCCCGGGGGCUGAGGCUGAGGCUGGGGCUGCUGCUGCUGGCUCCCGCCCCCAGCGGCAGCGGCGGCGGCGCUACCGUCAGCUGCCUGUUCGCUCCGCUGCCGAGCUGUCGUACGAUGAGUUCGUACGGCAUUUCAUGGCGCCCAACCGACCGGUGGUCAUCCGGGGAGUGACGGCGGGCUGGCGGGCCGCUGCUGAGUGGCGCCUACCCCCAGCAGCAGCGGCAGCAGGGGGAGCAGGAGCAGGGGGCGACGGGGCGGCAGCAGGAGCAGGACCAGGAGCAGGCGG